CGUGGCAGAGCGUCAUCAUGUGGGCGUGGCUUAGCAUUGUCAACAUCCUGUUAACGUAACCCUGCCCCUCCAAAAUGGCGACCGUGGACCAGAGGGAAGGCCAAGAAGAGCCCGAGAGUGAUGAGGAGGUGUACGAGGUGGUGGACCUGACAGAAUAUGCUCGGAGGCAUCAGUGGUGGAGCAGGGUGUUUGGAAACAACUCAGGCCCGAUAGCUGAGAAGUACUCUGUGGCUACCCAACUCAUGAUGGGAGGCCUGACAGGCUGGUGUGCUGGUUACGUCUUCCAGAGAGUUGGGAAGGUCGCGGCAACCGCCGUCGGCGGAGGGUUUCUACUUUUACAGAUCGCCAAUCACAGUGGCUACGUGCAGGUGGACUGGAAGAAAGUGGAGAAGGACGUGAACAAAGCAAAGAAACACCUGAAGAAGAAAGCGAACAAAGCAGCCCCUGAAUUAAACACAUUCAUUGAGGAGGUAAAGGCCACAGAUUUUAUAAAGAGGAACAUUGUCCUGUCCAGCGGCUUUGUCGGAGGAUUCUUCCUGGGUUUGGCCUCGUAGAAGCCACUACCUGCACCGUGUGUUACGUCACUACAUAGAUUGCUUUCAUCCCCCUUAGUACUGCUGUUUUCCCUGUGUGCAUUGAUCAGUGGGAUUCUUUUGAAUAUUAAAUAUAUGAUGCACGGCGUAUCAGUGGUAAACAUUUACAUUUGUAAAUGACUACACUACUCUUUCAUUGUGUGUGUGUGAGAAAUGCUGGAUUGUACUCCUCACUUUGGGCUCAGUGAUGCAUGUCUAUUCUAAUGUAUUUCUGUAGUAGGCGCUGAUCACAGAUUGGUAUGCUAACACGGCUGUAAUGACAGGUAGCAGUUUAAAGCCUCUUGGCUACACUGAUGGCCGAAUGAGACGGAUAUGGAGUAUAUAGUACAAGACAUACCUUAAAAUGUGAUUACAAAUAUUCAUUGUAACAGUCUUGAACGUUACUGUGCCAACAAUAUUACGUGUAUUUAUAUUUUUUUUUACUUAAAACAUGUCAAUGCAGUGUGAUGGCAGAAUGAGAAUCUGACCAGGCUCCCUCAUGCAUUUAGUAGUGUGCACACCAGCGCUGGUCACUUUACUCACCAAUACGUUUUUAUUGGUUUGCCUUAUUUUAUUGGUACCUACAGUGGUGUGAAAAAGUGUUUGCCCCUUUCUGAUUUCUUUCUUUUUUUUUUUUUGCAUGUUUGUCACACUUAAAUGUUACAGAUCAUCAAACAAAUUUAAAUCUUAGUCAAUGACAACACAACUGAACAGAAAAGGAAGUUUUGAAAUGAAACUUUUUAUUAUAAAGUGGGGGAAAAAAAUCCAAAGCUACAUGUCCCUGUGUGAAUAAGUGAUUGCCCCCUAAACCUAAUAAUGAUUGGGGCCCCCCUUAGCAGGAACAACUGCAAUCAAGCAUUUGUGAUAACUUGCAAUGAGUCUCUUACAGCGCUGGGGAGGAAUUUUGGCCCACUCCUCUUUGCAGAAUUGUUGUCAUUCAGCCACAUUGGAGGGUUUUCCAGCAUGAAGCGCCUUUUUAAGGUCAUGCCACAGCAUCUCAAUAGGAUUCAGGUCAGGACUUGGACUAGGCCACUCCAAAGUCUUCAUUUGGUUUUUCUUCAGCCAUUCAGAGGUGGACUUGCUGGUGUGUUUUGGAUCAUUGUCCUGCUGCAGAACCCAAGUUGGUUUCAGCUUGAGAUCACCAACAGAUGGCCGGACAUUCUCCUUCAGCAGAAUUCAUGCUUUCAUUCAAAUCUUCCAGGUCCUGAAGCAGCAAAACAGCCCCAGACCAUCACACUACCACCACCAUAUUUUACUGUUGCUAUGAUGUUCUUUUUCUGAAAUGCUGCGUUACUUUUACGCCAGUUGUAAUGGGACACACACCUUCCAAAAAGUUCAACUUUUGUCUCGUCAGACCACAGAGUAUUUUCCCAAAGGUCUUGGGGAUCAUCAAGAUGUUUUCUGGAAAAAUUGAGACGAGCCCUAAUGUUCUUUUUUUCAGCAGUGGUUUUGGUCUUGGAACGCUGCCAUUUGUGACCUCUUGGAUGAGUUGGGGGGUGGGGGUGGGGUCAUGUAGGUUUGGAUUUCCCCCCCUCCCUUUAUAUAAAGUUUUAUUUAAAAACUGCAUUUUGUGUUCACUUGUGUUGUCAUUGACUAAUAUUUAAAUUAGUUUGAUCGUCUCAAACAUUUAAGUGUGACAAACAUGCAUAAAAAGAACUCAGGAAGGGGGCAAACUCUAUAUCAGGUUCUUGUAUGUGUUGCCAUGAUUUUGUUCCCUUAACAUUUUUGACAGCUGUAUACAAUUUGUUGGGUUACUUAUUUUGGAUUCUUGCAGGUUUUUUUUUUUACAGAACAUAAAUUAAAGGAUUUGCCAAGAGUUGUCCGGAUUAAAGAAUAUCACAUUG